CCGCAGUAUGACUGACCACAUCGUAGAUGGAUGCGGUGAUCACGUCUCGGCUUUGGAUACUGAACCACCGGCUAUGGAACCGAUCCUGGACGACGGUGAAAACUUCAUGCAGGGCGUUGAGGAAUAUUUCUACGAGCUGCUCAUCGACAUGGACAUGGUCAGCAGAAUUCGACGAACGAAUCCGACGCAGAUCCAAGCUGGCCAGAUGGUACUUUCGCGAGAGAUUUUGCGAGUUUGGGAUCUAAUAGUGAAGAGAGACCCUAGAAUUCUUGGGACAAUAUGAAGACAGUGUAAUUGCAAGCACUCAUUUG